CGAUUCAGUGUGAGGUUCGAUUUCAAGCCACGACUCGCUUUUUCGCCCUCCAUAUUCUCUCUUUUUCUUGGCACAUUUUGAAUACAGGAGCUGCUUUGACCAUCCAAACAGUGGCUCUGGGUCCUGCUCGCAUACUUGUCUGUUCGUCAGUCUGUCGGUUGUCUCUGGGAACAAAAGCAAGAAGACUCCGGCGAAGGCCUGGCCGAGUCAGCAAUGAACAGAAUGAGACCCUCUUUGGAAAGCGAUCACGUUCCGCUGCUCGACGAGCAAGGGCAGCCCCAACUCGGAGAAAGGGUGUAUAUCGUCUCUCCGCAGCAUGGAAGAGAAAACAGUAUCGCCCAGAGAGCAUGGGCAGCCUUGAAGAGCAUGUUCACGGAGUCCACAGUCAAAGCUACCGCUACCUACCUUCUUGCCACCAGUGCGAUGCUUCCCGAGUUCACGAACAGCAGGCUGCAGGGGUCCAGCUACCUACUGAGCACGGCAGUCAUUUAUUUUCAUCCGGCUCGCACCGUUGGUGCUAUGAUAGAGGCGAUGAUAUGUUGUAUUGUUGGAUUGGGCCUGGGGUUCGUCAUCGCUUCUGGCUGCACGCAAGUUGCCAUUCAUUACCAGGAGGGAGAGCAAAACGAGGUCGAGGCGCACGCCAUAGCGUUAGGGGUGCUUUUCUUGACUACUUUAGCGACGGCAUUCACACGUGCUAAAUACGCAGUGAGGCGACCUGCGAUAGCUACAGGCUGUGCCAUGACGCAUAUCUUGACAUUCGUGACGAUUACACAGAUUUCUACCGAGGAAUCUUUGAAUCACUUGCAGGGCAACAUCUAUCGAACCGCGAUUGCCUUGUCGGCCGGCACUCUAAUCAGCUUCCUGGGAUGUUGCUUAAUCCGACCGCAGACUGCGGCAUCUGUCCUCAGAUCGGACAUUGCGAAAGGCUUCAACACGAUGCGAUCGUUUUUCGAAGCUCUGUCUCACACGUUCUCAUUGGAUGCGGAGUCGAGACUGGAAGCCUUCGUGGAUUCCCCUGCUCCUGGAACCCCGUCUGCUUCCCAUGACGACGUUGCGAUCGACCUUCAAUCCCUCACAUCAAAGCACGAUCAACUGGAAAAGUCGCUGAAAGACAAUCAGGAGAUGCUACUGCGACUAAGCAAAUCUCGAUUCGAAGUGAACUUUGAGCCCACGACGAGCGUGUUCUUGCACAGGCAUCAGUUUCGUUCCAUCUUUGACUCCUCGGAGCGACUCUGCCAGCAUUUGGGUGGUCUGCAGGCGAGCAUCACCGAGGUUGACCGGAUAAUAGCGCAGCAGGAGGACAAUGAGGCAUUAGUCCAGUUCAUGACGGCAAUGGGGAAGUCUCUGCGUCAACUUGUGGUGACCUGCAAGCAGAGUCUUGCUUUUUUGGAGACGAUAUUCAGCAGCCCGUCGCGGAACGCCCGUGACGCUGACUAUGUGCUGCCCGCACUGGAGAAUCUGUUCGAGAAGCUUGGAGCUGCCCUUGACGAGUUCGACGAGAAUCAGAGACGCGUACUGGUUCACAUCUACCAAAAUGUGCAUGAGGACGUCUUCCUCCUCUUUUUCUUCGUCUUUGAACUGAUGGAGGUCGGCAAAGAGCUGGCGCGGCUAGUCGUAGCUGUCGAGGAGCUCAAGCGCGAAGUGCUCGACCGACGGCGGAUGGGAAAAAUGCGCUGGUUGUUUCGCUCGGUGUGGAUUCAUUGGAAGGACAAAGAGGUCAAAAAGGCACCACGACAGCAAUUAUACGACCGCCCAACAAAACGAUCUGGCAAGGAGGGCAGAAGGAUCUCUCGUGGGUUCUCCAUGCCAGCCGCUCUCACCCUCGAUGACGACGAAGAUCAGUCCGAAAAGAAACCGUUGGCGCUACGAAUUUGGACGCUCUUCUCUUCUUUCAAAGACUUCGAAGCAAAGUUUGCACUCAAGACCGCAUUGGUCGUGUCUCUACUUUCCGUACCUGCCUUCAUAGACAGCACACAGCCUACUUUCUACGAUUUCCGAAUGCACUGGGCCCUGGUUUCAUUCGUCACAGUCAUGACACCAUCCGUUGGCGGGACCAACGCCGCAGGAUUAUGGCGCCUAGCCGGGACGUUCGGUGGGAUCGCAGCUGCGAUAAUAUCAGGGAUGCUGUUUCACGAUAAUGCGAUAGGGAUGCUGUUGAUGAGCGCUUUUUUUGGAUUCAUCGGGAUGUACGUCUUUCUGGAGACGGCGUAUCCCAGAAUCGGCCAGAUCUUUCUCUUUACUUUCAACAUCAUUCUGCUCAAUGAUUUCACGGGACAAGUAGACCCCGUUUCCGGAAAAGAUUACACCAUAUAUGAGAUUGCACUACGUCGGGGCUUCUCAGUAACGAUCGGCAUUCUGAUCGGACUGUUUGUGUCUUACUACAUCUGGCCGUUCACGGCAAGGAAGGCCUUACGGAUUGGGCUGUCAAAUACGAUUUUCGACAUUGGAUCCUUAUAUUCUCGUCUGAUUGGCUUAUUCAACUCCUCGGCACUUCCAUCACGGACAGAUCUACACGAGUUCCUCGAAGAAGAAUUUGCGCUUCGCGUGUCGCUUGCGGAGUUGCGUACCUUUCUGCAGGAUGCGGUACAUGAGCCAAGAUUGAAAGGCGCCUUUCCCAAAGAGCAAUAUGGACAAAUGAUCGAUUCCUGCACACGGGUCCUGGAUCGACUUGUUUCCAUGCGGUUUGGUUUAACGAAAGCAGGAUUCACUUCAAUCCGUGCCAGCUUCAUCGCACCCGUCCAGGAGAAGCGACAGCGCAUGAUCGGCACAAUCCUUCUCUACUUCUACCUAAUCUCCGGCGCCCUCCUCCUCCGCUUCCCGUUGCCACCACAACUCCCCGACGCCCGCGGAGACCGCGAAGCUCUCAUCAACGCGAUUCGAACACUACCGGCCGUGCAGCCGCGCGUCGUGGCAGAGGUGGAAGAUCCGGCGUACAUUUAUUAUUAUGCGUAUGUGAUGGGGAUGGAUGAUGUGGUGAGGGAGCUGGAGAAUCUGGGUCGGGUGUGUUGUCAGUUGUUUGGGGUUAUGGCGCUGGGAGGGCCGAAUGCGGAUUCCGAGGAGGCGGCGAAGGAGUGGGAUACGGAGGAUUGAGUCAGCAUUCACGUUUUUGCACAAGGGUGGGGUACCGCGUUAGGGAAGUGAAGAGCUUAGACAUUGCGAGGGAUGAGAGCAAGCAACCAU